AUGGUGAUCUCCCAAUCCUCGGAAAUCAUCUCGUUAUCCGAGGCGGAGGCCAAGGUCAAAGGAUGGUUGGACGAGAAGAACAAACUCGGAAUCGGCGGCUAUGCCACCGUCUAUAAGGUCCCCGAAGGGCGAUCGUUUUCCGUUUAUCUAAACGAGUAUUCGAUCUACACGGUGAUUUGCUGGAUGGAGCAGUUCUUUUCGGCCUUGGAAUUUCUUGAAAAGAUCGGCCAAUUGCAUCGAGAUAUCAAGCCGGACAAUAUCCUUGUGCAACAGUUCUACUAUCUCAUUCUCGCGGAUUUUCGCCUAACCAGAUCGACCUGGAGUGUGGGCAAAGAGGGAGCCACAGGGGACUUUGUGGGCACCGAAAGGUGCAUGUGCCCCGAGAUUCACGAUCCACUCGUUGAGAAGGUCACUUUCGCCAGCGAGAUUUACUACGAGAAAUACAGAAAAGUGCUCACCUUUUCAAUUUAU